GCAGUAGAAUAGCGUCAACCUCCAGCAUUGCUCAGUGGUGCUCGCCAUCUUCUCAGAGUUUCGCGAGGCUCGGAGUACUUAUGAUUGGAAGUAAGUAACUGAUCAUGGCGACCUCGCAAGGCUCGGGGUUCCUCUAUCGAACGCUCGGUACCGUCAUCGGAACGAGUGCGUUGCGCGAUCCGUUACUGAAUGAUCCGUUACUGUCGACGCUCGCUACGAGUUCCUCCCUGCCUGUUGAUUCUGAGCGUGCGAUUGCCGCCCUAGUUGCUGAGCUGGCAGCGAGAGAUUCGUCGGUGGACUCACCGUCAGCCACGCGUCCCUCUGUCCCCGUUACUAGCGCGCCUGGUAGGGCUAUAGAUGAGGAUAAUGACGAGGAUAGCGACAGUGACGGGGAGAUGGAAGAGGGUCUUAUGAUUCGCCUGGUCCAUAUAGAUGUGGUAACCACACCUUUGGCGAAGAAACCGGAAGUCGAUGAAACUAAACCCGAUGAAUUUCAGACCGACGAUGUAGAAGACAAAGCUCGAUCGGACGGCGGACAGGCUACCCGGCGGGAAGGAGAUCUGGACCGUCCGAUAGACUCGCUGGCAGGCUCGAGAGGAGCCGUUAGAUCAAGGCUCCCGGACGGCGGUGAUGUAUUGGAAGACGAUGAGGGAUCGAGGAGAAAGUCAGUGACCAAGGAUGGCAAGAAGAGGAAAGCGGAAGCUGAAGGGGAGGGGGAAGGGGAAGGGGAACGGGUGGGGGAAGCACACGCGGAAGUGGGGGAUGCGGGGGAAACUAGUGGUGGGAAAUUUGCCCGUAUUGGAUCAGUGGCGGAACCUUCAGCGCCAGUGGCGGAAGCUAGGGGCGGAAAGUUUGCGCCAGUGGCGGACCCUGCAGCGCCAUGGAGCGUGGGGCAUCCGGAGGGGCAUCCGCGCAGCCCGUUUCUGCGCCUGCAUCAAGAAAUUGUGGAGUUCUGCCGGUUUGUGGAGGCCUCAGAGCAGGAGAAGCAGACAAGGGGGGAGGCAGUGGGACGGGUGACAGCUGUCAUCCGGAGCAUCUGGCCGCACUGCCAGGUGGAGGUCUUUGGAUCGUACGCCACGGGCGUGUACCUCCCCACCAGCGACGUGGAUAUGGUCGUGCUGCACUCCGGCUGCCCGGACGUGCAGAGGGCGCUGAGGGCACUGGCAAAGGCGUUGGUGGGGAGAAGGGUGGCUCGGAACAUGAAGGUGAUAGGGCAGGCGCGGGUGCCAAUCAUCAAGUUCCUGGAGAUCGCCAGUGGGGUUUCGUUUGACAUCAGUUUUGAUACAUUCAACGGACCAGAUACCGCCAAGUUUAUUCGGAAGUCAAUGAAGGCCAUGCCGGCCCUGCGACCAAUAUCUCUUGUGCUCAAGCUGUUUCUCCAGCAGAGGGGGCUCAACGAGGUCUUCAAAGGGGGCAUCGGCUCGUACGCGCUCCUAGUCAUGAUCAUGACUCAUCUGCAGACCCACCACAGCCGCAUGUCUAGCGGCAAACUAGAGGAGAACCUGGGGGUACUGCUGAUUGACUUCUUUCAUCUCUACGGCCGCAGCCUCAACACUGCAGAUGUGGGGGUGUCGGCGCGACAUGGGGGAAGGUUCUUCCUCAAGAGAGACAGAGGCAUGCUGCAGCAGAACCGCUUCAUGAUGGCGGUAGAAGACCCUCAGAUGCCUUCAAACGACCUCAGCAGGGGAAGCCACAACAUUCACAAUGUCCGCCUUGCCUUUCAAAGAGCGCACUUCCUCCUCACUGCACCCACACUCCCCUCCUCCCUCCCCUCCUCCCUCCCCUCCUCCCUCUCCUCCUCCCACCUCUCCCACUCACACACUUCCCCCAACCCCAACUCUAACGGUAAUCCCACGGAUACUGCUAGUGAAAGCAAGAGUCUGCUGGCUCGUUUGAUUCGGCUCGAGCCAGCCAUAGCAAACCGGAAGCCGCCUGCCAGUGUGUUGCCCUCUCCACCAGUGCAUAAUGUGGAUGCACCGUCUCUGCUGCAGAAGCAGGAGUUGAAAACGGUUGAUGCUGCUUUGACUGACGCUACUCCCAAGGCUAGUUUUCUUGCUGGUGCUACCCUCGCUGCUACCGCUCCUGGGCCUAUCAGAGGGAAAAAGAAAAGGGCGGCGGCGGCUGCUGCUGCUGCUGCUGCUGCUGCAGAAGUGGUAGCAACAGCAGGUGGAGCAGAUGGGGUAGAGGAAGAAGCAGCGGCAGCAGCAGGGGCAGCAGCAGGGGCAGCGGGGGUUGGUUUGGUUGGAAAGAAGAGAAAGAAGCGGGGCGAUAAGGAGAGGAGAGACGAGGAGGGGGAAGAGGAGAGGAGAGAGGAGGGGGGUGCAACUGAGAGAAGGGAGGAUAAGGAGGGGGGUGGUGGUGCGAGGGUGGAGAGAGGAGAGGAGGUGGGAGUGGAGGGUUUGGGUGGGGAGAGGAAUGAGAGGAAGGGAGGGAAAAAGAAGGCACGAGUGAAUGACAGGGAGGAUGAAGUGAGGGAGGAGAGGGAGAGGGAGGAGAGGGAGGAGAGGGAGGGGAAGAAAGGAAGUAAGGAAGAGGGGGAAGAGAAGGAGGAAGAGCGCUUGGAGAAGCAAGGACGUAAGGAAGAGAGGGAAGAGAGGGAGGAAAAGGAGGAGAAGAAAGAAAGGAAGCAAGAGAAGAAAGAAAGGAAGGAGGAAGAGAGGGGGGAGAAGGAGGAGGAGAAGAAAAGGCGGGAGGGUAGCGAGGGGAGGGAGGAGAGGGGAGACAAGGAGGAAACGUUGAAGGAGAGUGAGGAGAAGAGAGAAGAGGAGAAGAGAGAAGAGGAGAAGAGAGAAGAGGAGAAGAGAGAAGAGGAGAAGGAGAAGGAAGUAAGGGAGGAUUUGAAAGAGCAGGUGAGGGAGGGAGGGGCAGAGGGAGGAAGACAGCAGGAGCUUGAGAUGAAGGUGUCUUCUGAGUCGACUCAAAACCUUGAGAUCAACAAGAAACGAAAGAGGGAGGGCAAGAGAAUGAGGCAGGAAGCUCGGAAAAAGGCAGCUGGAGAAGAAGGGGGGUUGAGAGGUCCUUACUUGGACAGUCCUGGUGGUGCUCUUGAGUCGACUCAAAAGCUGAAACGGGCAGCCGAAGAAGAACGGGGGUUGAGAGAUCCUGACUUGGACAGCAGUGGUGGUGCUAGUCGGGGGGGCAACGUUGUCAGUAUGGUAAAGGGUUUUCAAGGGGAGGAGGCGAAGAAGAAGGGGGAGGGGCGAGAGGGAAGGAAGGAGGAGAGCGAGAGUCAGGGGGUGGUGAUAGGGGUAGGGAAGGGAGUGAAGGGAGGGAAGCAGGAUGCUUUUGAGGCACGUCGAAAGCGAGACGGAAGGAAGGCGGAUGGGGAGAGGAAAGGUGGGGUGACGAGUGUGGGAGGCGGGGAGGAGGAAGGGGAGAACCUUCCGAGAGGGGGAGGCAGGGCGAGCAGUGCAGGUAGGGAUGAUGAGAGUGAGGGGGCUGGGAGGCGGAAGGGUGGGGUAGUAAUGCCGGUACGGGUAGUAAGACGUGGGGAGGAGGAAGAGGAGAAUCUACCAAGAGGGGGAGGCAGGGCGAGCAGUGGUGCUGGUAGGGAUGAUGAGUGUGAGGGGGGUGGGAGGCGGAGUCGGAGGAGGGGGAGGAGGGGGCGGGCGUUUAUGGAGAUGUUGGGAGCAGGUGGAGGGGAAGAGCGCGUCUGAGUGAGUGAGACCACUGCGAUCUAGGCUUUUGAGAGACCCGCUGAAGUUUGAGAGGGUUGGGUUGGGUUGGGUUGGGUUGGAUGCAGCACUAAAAGUCGAGUCAAUAUUCGAAUGGACUGGGGCAUGGUAGGGAGGGAACAAGUGGUCAUGGUCCUGGUGGUUUUAUUUCUGCUGGAUUAUCUGUCCACUUCACUUC